AUGGUAGCGAAGACUUGUUCCUCCGAGGGUAGGGGCACAUCCCCUAGAUCAACUACCGAGAAUCGACCCCUCUCGAGGAACGCUCAAGCCCAAGCAAGGCUUCGGGCAAGGAGAAAAGCCUACGUUGAAUCGCUUGAAGCAGAAAUCAAGAGGCUACAAACUGUAGUUGAUACCACAGCUCUCCACCCCAACCGAAGUUUCCGAUCCUCUAGACCUGUUAUAAGCCCAGGUUCAUUGGGAGUAUUCUCAUCUCCGAUCCAGUCCUCCUCUUCUGGCUCAGAAUUUGGAGAAAACUCUCGGUCCCUUGAUACGAUUCAGCAACUCCGAGUCGAUAACGAUAGGCUCCGCCGAGAACGUGAUGCUUUCCGAGUUCAAGUCGAAGCACUAAUGGGCUAUGUCUCACGCGGUUGUGCUACCCCGCCAAUGGGCCUGAGCCCGGUCUCUGUUAAUGGCGCACCAGAUCGUGAAAGCGCUGCCUUGGCAACGGGUGAAGCUGGGCGUGGAUAUUCUUCCACGCCCGGAAGUGAGGUAGACUCGGAGGAUCAACAGUCCCAGGCACACGAUCCACUCUCACCGCUCAUUCCGCCAAAUGUGUACGUGAUGAACGAAGCCAACCAUUUGAUUUCUUUGUAUGGUUCGAACCUCGCAUUUCUUAGACACUUGGAUUUGAGCACUCAGGAUACUGACUUACAUUCGAUUGGAGAAAAGCCUAUUCGACUCCCUGAGUUACCGGGGCUUGACCCCUUUGGUACAACCUAG